AUGCCACCACCACCAAUGCAUGGAAUGCCUAUGAGCGAUGCUUAUGUAGAAAGUGGCGGUAUAAAGUCUAAUUUCGGUUUUGAUUCCGUUUCAGUUCGGUCGGCUUUUAUUCGCAAAGUUUUCUUUUUAGUCUUAACUGUGGUCACAUUGAUGACAGCAAUACCUUUCAUGCACCGGGAUACAAUGACAUUCAUUCGUACAACUCCUUCGCUAUAUUAUAUCAGUUAUGUGACGUUCCUCAUUGUAUAUCUGACUUUGAUGUGUUGCGAAGGUGUUCGACGAUCAUUUCCUGUUAAUUUGAUCGCGACUGGCAUCUUAACGCUAUCUAUUGGUUAUAUGACGAUGAUGAUUACAUCCUUCCAUAACGUCGUCUCCGUGCUGCUUUGUCUCAUCAUUACCGCAGUUUGUUGCGUUGGAAUAAUAAUUUUUGCUUCACAGACCAAAUAUGAUCUUACCAGUAUGAUGGGUUUCAUGUUUAUCGCUUCAAUGGUUCUACUGGUUUUCGGCAUAGUUGCAGUGAUUGCAGCGGUAGCGUUCCACGUCAGCUGGUUAUAUACGGUUUAUGCUGGACUUGCAGCUCUUCUUUUCAUGGUUUAUCUUGCUAUCGAUAUACAAAUGAUAAUGGGUGGGAAGAAGUUUGAGAUUUCUCCAGAAGAGCAUAUAUUUGCAGCGAUACAGAUCUUCAUUGAUAUUGUUUAUAUUUUCUGGAUGCUAUUGACUAUUUUCGGUUCAAACAAGUGA